AUAAAUGAUAUGGCUCUACCGACGACAGUCUCACUUUGACCAGGACUGAGAACUAAUUUCGACGACUACUCACAGCCAAAAUCUAAGAUGGGUCGUACAGCACUGUUGAUGCUCUUUUUGUCAAUUUGUCUGAGUUAUGCUUCGGUAUCAGCAGCAAACCAAGAAAGAGACUCACGAUUUUGGCUUCGCCCAAGCGGCAAAAAAUGUAUGGAAUAUUCUGAAAAAUGUACUCGCGUUCAACAGUACUGUGUCCCAAUUUUUAAACAUGUCAGUUGCAGUGAAUGGAAUGAUCGUUGCAAUCGUUACAAUCAACUCUGCCCUAAAUUGGUACAAGUCGUUGCUGCUCCUCCUCAACAAGUCGUCGUUGUUCCUCAACCUCAAGUCGUCGCUGUACCUCAGCAGGUCGUCCCUCAACAAGUUGUCGCUGUUCCUCAGCAAGUCGUCCCUCAACAAAUUAUAGUCCAACGACCUGCCCCCCAAAAAAUUAAGUUCAAAUUGUUCGGUUAAUUUGUGUGGCUUCUUCUUACGCGAAUCAAUUAUUCACGUCCAACGUGACUAAACAUACCCAUGAUAGCCUGUAGUAUGCGUAUUUGAAAUACAUUUAGUUGGCGCUCUGA